GGACAGAGUUGUAGUUAGCAAUGGCGCUCCAACAGCUUGUGUGCUGGUUCAGUGUGAUGAUCGUACUCUUUUUCAAAGGUUGUGAUUCAAAGCUGCCCGAUGGAGCCAAAAUCAUUUUAACUGGAUCUGGAUCGACUCGAUGCUCUGGAAGAGUAGAAAUUUAUCACAAUAAUAACUGGGUGUCAGUUUCUGAUUAUAACUGGGACUUAAAUGAUGCAGAGGUGGUUUGCAGACAAUUAAACUGUGGGACGGCACUAGAAGCUCCUCGAUCAGCUCACUUUCGUGCAGAAACUGAACAGAUUUGGCUUGAUAUUGUCAACUGUUCAGGAAACGAAAGUUCUCUAAAUGAGUGUCAACACAGUGAAUUUGGAAGACACAAAUGUGGAUAUGAUCGGAAUGCUCGUGUGAUCUGUUCAGAUCUUAUCAGGUUAGCUGGGUCUGGAUCAACUCGAUGUUCUGGCAGAGUAGAAAUUUAUCACAAAAAAAUCUGGGGAAGAGUCUCUGAUGAUGGCUGGGACUUAAAUGAUGCAGAGGUGGUUUGCAGACAGUUAAACUGUGGGACGGCACUAGAGGCUCCUCAUUCAGCUCACUUUGGUGCAGGAACUGGACAGAUUUGGCUUGAUAAUGUGGCCUGUUCAGGUACUGAAACUUCUCUAACUGAAUGUAAACACAGUGGAUUUGGAUCACACAGCUGUGGACAUGGUCAGGAUGCUGGUGUGAUCUGUUCAGAUCUGAUCAGAUUGGCUGGCUCUGGAUCGACUCGAUGCUCUGGCAGAGUAGAAAUUUAUCACAAAAAUAUCUGGGGAACAGUCUCUGAUUAUAACUGGGACCUAAAUGAUGCUGAUGUGGUUUGCAGACAGAUAAACUGUGGAUCGGCACUAGAUGCUCUUCAACUUGCUUACUUUGGUGAAGGAACUGGACAGAUUUGGCUCAGUGAUGUGACCUGUUCAGGAAAUGAAAGUUCUUUAACUGAAUGUGAACACUCUGGAUGGGGAAACUACUACUAUGGACAUUACUACGAUGCCAACGAGCAAGAGUUCUCCAUCUGCUAUGGCUGUCUGGUCUGUUCUCGUAGUUGCGAGUUCACACUCAGCUCCUUCUCUGAGCUUGCUCACCUCAAAGCUGGAGAGAUAGUCUCUCACUCAGAGAACCAAGUUUACAAAAUUCUCCUUCAUGACUGUGGGAAGAAUGGUGUUGAAGGCACUGGAAAAAUCGGAGAACAUGAUUCUCACAGUGCUCCCAGCGGUCUCCAGGUACUGAAACUUCUCUCACUAAGUGUCAACACAGUGGAUUUGGAUCACACAGAUGUGGACAUGGUCAGGAUGCUGGUGUGA